GGCAGACCAGUCAAACCAGUUAGUCGACCGAGCGACGCGGGUGGCGACGGUCGAUCGUCGUAGACUACUAUUUUCAUCGACUCCGCUUUCAAGCUCGUAGAAAACACUGCAAAGAGUAACUGAGGAAGCCGGAAGGGGUUGGUGAUCAUGCGUACGUAAGGAGGAGUAAUCUCGUGUCGGAUACGAUGCCGCGAAAAUUCUCGCUUCAAACAACCCUUCGACGACGACCAACGCGUAUCUCGAUCGGCUCGCACCCCUAUCGACGCGUCACGCUUUCGAUCGUGAGAAAAAAGGGAGACUCGACCAAUCUCGCUGCUUAUUCUCAACCUAUCGGUGUCCUCGGUGAAGGACACCCUUUCUUUGCUGGAAGAGAUCUCCCGGCGCGAUUAGUCGGGAGGAAAACGAAUAAAGAGAAAAGUUCCUGUGAGAGAUUGCUACCCUCGCCUGAUGUAGCAAAGACGAACGAAGCAUCCCCUCCAAAGACUAUCAGAGAUAGAUCGUUUCAGGACUCGACACGAAGAAUUUAAAGAGCCAAUUUCAUCGGACGGCAACUGCAUCGUGCGUUGAAAAGCGAGAAAUCGGUAUAGAGGACCAAUCAACGAUUCGGAAUUGCAUCGCGACUAGUAUCGAUUUACGAGUCCGAAAAGAACGUUAAUUAUGACCCGUUGCAAUUAAGAUUACGCACGAGUGACAAGUGCACGUGACAAAUUGACGAGUGUCCGCGAAUAAACGCGGCGAACGAGGUAAUUGAAUCGUCAGAUCGAGAUUAAGUGCGAGAAAGAAUGAAGCUUACGCAAUCAGUGUCGAACGAACCUUUUAAUCGGCGCUUAAUGAGUGCCACGUGAGUGUGCGGAAAAGAGGACAGCUAUCGAGAUGAAACCAGGAGAUAACAUGACUAUGGAAGCUUGCAACGUAGCUGGAUGGAAUGACGUAGGUAGUCCACGAAAGUAUCGGCCACCGCGAAUCGGCGACAUUCCACGAGGUUCUGCGGUUGAUAGCUCUCCCACAAAUUCACCCACUACAAAGAAAGAUUCUGACACUGAACAAUUGUCGUCGGAUGCGCCAGGCCCAUCAAAGACACUGGCGAGCCCGGAGUAUAUUCAAGAAGUACGCAAAGAUAGCGCACUGUAUCUUGAAGAGGGAGAAGGUGCGCUAAAGACUGUGACGCAGACCAGCAAUGAUGUUCUCCGAAGACAGAGCAGCGGCUACGUGAGUCGUCGAGAUAGCCUGGACGACAACAGGAGAAAUUCCACGACAAGUGGUGACACGCAACAGCAAGAUAAGGAGAGACACAAAUCGAAAUCGAUACCUCUUGGAGCCUUAAUUAAGGAUCUUGCUGGUAGAAAAGAGGAAAACAUUGAGGAAAAUAUUGAAAACAUUGAGCCGUCCGCGGAUACAGCGAAGGAGAAAAUGCCGACGACGGAGGUACACAGAAAGGUGUCGAGCUCCGAUCUCGACAUGCCCAAUGUUGAUGAGGUGAAGGAGGUCGCCAGAGAGAAAACUUUGCCCCGACAAAGUCAACGUUUCGAGACCACCGAGAUCACCGACGGACUGUCGACACGUCUAAGCGAUAUGCAAGUGACGUCUAUCUUCAAGAACCCCAAUAUUUACCUCCCGCGCAAUAGCGGCAAAAAUGCACCAUCGGACGAGGCGGCCACGAUUCAGCGAGUUGACACAGUCAUCGAUCAUUCUAGCGGCGACUCGAAUUGUAAGAAUGUGCACAAGACAAACGUGGAAACUAUUAUUGCCUCGGAUAAUAAUCGGACAGUAGAUUUGAGAAAAUUAUCCUUGCCCGACGAAGCAGGACCGAGCCAGCGACUGUUCGAGAAAGCUGAUGUCACCUACAAAUCCGUUCAUUCUCGCUACCCUCACGCCAGCCCUCAUAGAUCGCCCAGGAAACGCAUCAGAGCGCUCAACAGGGAAUGCUCCGUCGAUAGCCAGCAUCACCAGCAUGACGGUCAACAAGUGAAUCAAUACAAAGUGCUGAAUGAGAUUGGAAGGGGUUCUUUCGGUGUUGUGAAGAAGGUUUACAACGAGGAGGACGGUGCGUAUUACGCCAUGAAGAUAGUUAGCAAGAGGAAAUUAAUGAAGAAAACGGGGAUAUUUGGGAAGAUACCACCGCGCAGAGCGGGCGCCGAUCCCUUGGCCAAAGUUUACAGGGAGAUCGCUAUCCUAAAAAAACUCGAUCAUCCCAACGUUGUGAAACUUGUCGAGGUGCUGGACCAUCCCGACAAGGACAAUCUCUACCUGGUCUUCGAACUAGUUCACAGGGGUGAAAUCCUUCUUAUACCCACCGACAAACCUCUGAACGAGGCAACGGCAAGGCGUUAUUUCCGCGAUGUUGUCAUGGGAGUCGAAUAUUUGCAUUACCAGAAAAUAGUGCAUCGUGACAUAAAACCAAGCAAUUUACUAGUGGACAGAGACGACAGGAUUAAAAUUGCUGAUUUGGGCGUCAGCACGGAACUAAGAGAAUCUGGAGAAUUAUUGAUAGGACAUGCUGGAACACCGGCCUUCGCGGCGCCCGAAACAACCGUUGCUAACGCGCAGUACUUGGGACCGCCCUGCGAUAUAUGGUCGAUGGGGGUAACGCUGUACGCGCUUGUGAUCGGAGAUCUUCCUUGGCGCGCUUCCGAUAGUACAGCUAUUCAAGAGAACGUUCGUUCGAAACCGCUCGUGUUCCCUGACAAUCACUUGUCUUCGGAAUUGCGAUAUCUAAUUGAGGGAAUGCUGGAUAAAUCGCCGGAAACCAGGCUUAUACUCCCGAAGGUAAAGCAGCACCCAUGGCUGACGAAUAACGCGACCGAACCACUGCCGGCUGAGGUAGACAACUGCCGCUUACGGGUCACCGUCACUGAGGAAGAGGUCAUAAGACUCGGCACUUUACUCCUCGUUAAGAAUAUGCUGAAACAGCACAGCUUUCAGAAUCCAUUUCUGCCUAAGCGACUCGGGCGGACAGCGGACAACGACGCCGGCACGGUAUCGCCGGUGGGCGAAGCAAAAGGUGGUGCAUCUCCCUCGCCGAAGAGCGACGCGAUGAGAGACGCGAAGGCGGAACGUUUUCACGAGGCCGGGAGAAGCAAUUCCGCUCCGGAUUCCUACGAUUGGCACACAAGCGGCAGACAGCUAUCGGUGGAAAAUCCCUUAUCGCCUGUGACGGAAAACGAGAGGAGGUAGUGCCACUGUCCGAUAGAAGUAGCACGAAAUCCCAAGCGAAAAACGGGCCGUCGUUAAACGGAAGAUAGAUCGGGACACAUCGUCGAUUACGAUCCAGCGAGCGAUCGUGACAUUGAAAGGCGAAAUCGUCGAACGAACCAACGAAAAUUUAAUCUUCCAGAGAACCGUCGUUAUCGAUUUCACUCUCGUCGCUUGUACCGUCAGAACCACGGGGCAUUGCCUUCAGUUUUACAGGUAAGAGCUCCGUGAGUUAUUUAUGAAUGCGCGAAAAUACCUAACCGGCGAGGCUGACGAAAAAGCGGAUCGAGGACUUGUUGAAAAUAUUUCUGAUAGAUCUCAAACGUUUUUAAUGUGUCUCAAAAUGUAACAUCGCGCUUAAACGUUUCGCGUUAUAUAAUAUUGUGCGUGAUAUCUAAGCUGCAUUCGCGGAGCGUGCUAUCAGCGCUAUUGCGUUAUUUUAUCCUUAUUUUACGUUAAAUGAUCGAUAGAAUGACGAAAUAUCACGCUCUCCGAACUCAUUCUUAGUGAUUGUACCUUUGACUGUUUAUUAUCAUUUGACCGCGGUAGAAUAGAAAGGAAGUUAAUUACGACUAAUCUUCGCACAUAAACAGCUUCAUCGUACAAUCCUCAAACAAAUAUGGAAGAAUCAUUAUUAUUAUAUUUGUUUAGUCAUUGGCUGCCAAUAUUUCCUACAUAAAUAAAGAAAUUCGGCAAAAUUGAUAAACUACAAUAAGGUAGCAUUGUAAUAAGUUAUUGUAAAUAAUCGAUCAAAUAUUAUUUCGUUGUAUUUUUUAUUCGGCAAUUUUUAAAAGCAAUUUGUAUCAAUAAUGGGGAAAAAAACAAAAAAAAACGCUUGUCGCUACUUUAUUAAAGAUUGACGAAACGAUAAAAUAUUUAUAAACAGCUACAUGUGUAAAAUCGCGUAAAAUAACAAAAGUGAAUACUUAAUGCAUUUAUUGCAGGAGGAUCCGAAAUUAAUACAUGCCUCGCCGGAGGUUUUCAUUCCAUUAAUAUGAUCAGGAAUGCGUGUCGUACACGCACGUUUGUAAAUAACGUAAGAAUUGAAAAUUGCGUACAUCUAAUCCAGUGCUAGAGAGAACCACUGAAAAAAACAUUUCAUGUUUUUUAUACGUUAUAAUAUAAAAAUGUCAUACCAAACGUUCCGCACCAACAAUAUACGUGCGCGAAUUAUUUUUUUCUCUUUUUUUUUGUGAAACUCGUUUUUGUUUUGCUAGUUACCAGGUUCGAUCAAAUUAAAGAAGAACAUUCAUCUUACAAAUAUUUAGAAUUACAAAUAUUUUGAUUUAUUCAAUGUUACUUUUUUCGCGUUAUUUUAAAUCAUAAUUUAAUUAAAUUGACAUAUAAAAAUAAAAUAUUUCAUGCACAUUAUCAAGUAAAUUAAUUUUUUUAAUAGAUUUUAUUAACGAGCAUAUCUUGAAUAUCAUGAUAAAUCUACAAAUUACAAACAUAUUUUAUAAAUAUAAAAAAAUUUUAAGAAGUUCUUUGUGUUUAGUAAAAAGUAAUUUGUAAAGAGAAUAUAAGAAAAAAUAUUUAAUUUAAGCGAAACAGAAACGAAUUACGUAUACUAAGAACCAAAAAAUUCUAAGGAUAAAAUUUUUUAAAUGAGAAAAGAGAAAAGGAGAGAGAAAAGAGAAAAUAUAUCUACAAAGAUUUUUUGGUUACAUCAUAUGGUUCUCUUCUAAACUGGAUUGACAGAUAGUAAAUUAACGGUCGUCCCAAAGAUAUAGGUAAAAUCUCUUGCACAUGAACGAUUUUCUUGCUCUACGAUCAACUUGCAUAGACACACGAGUAGUGAAAAAAUUUCUUGGAAAAAUAGUUAAUUUGAAAAUGUAUUAAAAUUUAAAUAUUUUUAAAAUAAUGAAAAGCUGAGGUUAAUGAUAUUACAGCAUUUAUAUAUACAAUAUGCAUAUCAAAUGAAAACAUAAUAAUUAUUCAUAUAUUUUUUAAUUUCAUACAAAAUUUUCUUUUCUUAUUUUCUCUUAAUUUGCGUAUCAUACAAUUUAUUUGAUUGUACGGUAUUUAUUUUACGCAGUACUAUAAUAAUUCCUCUGAAAUCGAUAUUCUUUCACCCCAUAUGCAUAUCGUGUAUAAACACGCACGUUUUAUACAUACACAUGAAAAUGGAACGUAUUGCGUUUUUAAAAUCAUCGUGACAAAAUAAUCUCUCAGCCUAUCCGAAUACAAGGUAUUCUAUCGACUCGACAAGUUUUCUGCUACGAAAUAAUCACGUGGAAAAAAAUCGCUCGUGUGCCUGAGGUCUUACUAUCGUUAUAAGUGUCUUUUGCAGUCCACUUAUUUCCAUUUAUAAGGCGCGUAGGUUGCAUAGAUAUUGUAUAUAAACGUAAAGGUGUACGUAUAUUGUAUUCAUAUUUUGUAUGUAUAAUAUUCAUAUUUUUUAAAAAGUAGGCUUGUAAACGAAAGCCCGCGAUACAACGACGCCUUGCUUCAGUUCGUGCCAUUAAAUAUACGGAUGAGCUCUUGUUUAAACUUUAUAUUAUGUAUAUACAUCAUUUAUGAUAUUGAUUUUAUAUAUUUUUAUGAUUAUAGACUUAUAUAAUUUUAAAUAAUUAUAUAAUACGUAUACAUAUACAUAUACAUGUAUAUAAACUAUAUAAAUUAACGGUAAACAAUGUAGGUCCCGUUCAUUUACAUGGUUUAAUAAAAAUGGUUUACUUUAAGUUAUAUUUUUAUAAGUAUAAUCUUAAGUUCUAAUUAUUAUAAUAAUAAAUUAUAAUUGCAACUUAUAAUUUGUUUAGGUUUUAAAUUUCAAUUAAAUUUAUUUUAAUUAUUUAAUAAUCAUACUUUGAUCAUUCAAAUCAAAAUAUUUUUUAUAUAAACAAAUGUCUCCAAUCACAGAAGACAAACUUUUUUUUAAUUGUUUUUUUAUCAACUUUCAUUUUCUUGACUCUUGGUGUUAAAUUACAAAUAAUUAAUAACUAUAAAUAAUUUGAUUAAGUUGUAUUUAAAAUUUAUGAUUUAUUACAUUAACGGCGCCGAACGCACGACCAAGAAAAGGCAACCAAAAAGAGAUUCGUGAUUUUGUCGGACCUUAUUGAGACACGGGGGACCAUAAUACAAAUGUAUAAAUUUAAGAGAUAGUUUUCAGAGCUCAUGGUAGCGGACGGUACUCAAGACGUAUCAUGUUCCGAACCUCGCGCACAUCUCAAUCUAUUUCAACAUUACAAUUGCCACACGGAGAUUUCGACGGACUUGUUAGUCGAUAGGGAUAAUUAUUGGUUGCAUCUUAUCGAGCACACACGUUUUCGUGACUUUUAUUUGGCCGUGGCAAAAUUCCAAGUCUAUGCGAACCGACGCAUCCUCCAUGUUCUUGCAUAGGCCAGGAAUAACGAGUCUUAUGAAAGUGACGACUUGAUCGCCAUCAGAAGAAAAACAAUAUACAUACACUUCCUGAUAUGUUUACCAGAUAUAUUCGGCGCAUCAUAAAUCAAGAUCUGCAUUGCAUCGUUGCCUGAUUAAUCCUAAAUACGCCUGUCUAAUGCAAAGCGUAGGCAGUUGCAUUUAGAAUUAAAAAAGAACAUGCUAAUAAGGAUCCAGAAAUCCUCUUCUAGAUAUACGGAUAAACUGUCUACUGAUAACAAAUACGUUAAAGUAGUAUGCCGAAUAUCAUAUGCAAUAUUAAUUAUUUUAACAAUAUAGCUUCGUACUAUAUUAUUUCAUUUUAUAAUUACUUUUUUACAUACAUUAAAAUUAAAUUAUACCAGAAUUGAAUUCAAUUUACAUAUUAAUCAAAGAUUUAUUAAAUGCAAUGCGAAUUGCUGUCAGUAGACAUUUUCCAAAUUGUUACGGGUACACAAUUAUUGUUAUUUAAAGGAUUAUAGAUAUAUAUAUUCGUAUGUGCAUAUUUUACACAUUGCGAUAUACUCUUCAUCCAUAGAUUGCACAAGAUAUUUUGUACCCUGUAUUAGACGCGCACUCUGUUUCUAAAUCUCACUGUAACGGAUUAAAUAUAGCGUAUAUACACUUUAUAUAGACUUUAAGUACAUCUUAAAACAUAGAUUAUUAUCUAACGAUUUAGAUGUGACGAAACUCCACACUCAAUAUCGCGACCAACAGUUCUUAAUGAUGCUCAAUCGAGGCAUUAAUAGAUGAUUAAAGAGUUUGAUUUUACUCGACAAUCAAUAUAUUACGCGAUAUAUGUAUAUAUUAUUUCGAUACAUCUGUUCUCGCCCUGUAAUCCUUCCGUUGUCAAUUUUCGAAAAUCCACGACUCUAGAUAUAUCUAUAGAAACUUAAGAGGCUGCACAAUUUUCAUCUUCUUAACAAUUUCUUAAAUGUUAUACGCUUCGAUUAUAUCUCUCUUUCUCUAAUAUUAAAUUCGAAAUUUUUACAAAAACUAAAUGACAUGUUGUAACUUAUGAUUCACAAUCGUAUAAUUCAUGUAAUCAUAAUAAUUUAAAUAUCGUGCAAUCCACAUUGAAACAUUGAUCUCUCAUUUACUUUAUCGACGAUAUAAUCAAUUUAUAUUAACACAAUAUAUGUAUAAUAAACUGUCAACUUCAAUAUUUCAACUGGGAUUGCAUGAUGCCGUGGUUACGCGUACCAAAUUCCUGAACUAAUAGACAAGGAAAACAAGAAGCAAUUCUGCACACUUAAAAAGAUUAUACUGUUUUACUACUUGUUAUAUCUAUGAUAACUUUCCACCGAGUUUUCGCUUCUAGUUACUUGUAAUCGAUUGAGAAAUCCGUCGUGAAAAGAUCGAAAUUCUUCUUGUGCACAUUUGUAAUAAUCAAGUACUGUAAUUGCUCGUCUGUGUAAUAAAUCCUUUUUAUCUUUC